UGGCGCGUUUGUACGAGCGGUUGGCGCCACAGACUCAGUUCAGUCAGGAGCAGAGACAGCAGGCUGUUCAGCUAACGUUUAAAGUUGUCUUUUUGUCGCUAAAUCACCUCUUCACAGCCAUGACGAAACUCACAGAGGGCGCAAUAGAGGCUCUGUCAAAUGGCACCGGUGGCAGCGAUGCAGUGCUUCAGCUGGUGAACAUUCGCAAAAUUGAUGGAGGAAGUGGUCCAGCUCGCUUUCGGGUGAUGAUGAGUGACGGACAGCACUCUCUGUCGUCCUUCAUGCUGUCCACUCAGCUGAACAGCAUGGCUGAAGAGAACGUACUGGCCCCAAACUGCAUCUGCAUCCUCAGGAGGCAUGUGACCAAUGUACUGAAGGAUGGACGGCGAGUGGUCAUCAUUUUGGAAAUUGACGUCAUUGAAACUGCUAAAGAAGUUGGUGGUAGAAUAGGAGACCCUACUCCUUACACUGAAGGUCAGGCCAAAGCUCCACAAUCGGCUCCAGUUUCUGAGAGCCGACCUCCACUGCAGCCACAAAAUAAAAAUGAAAUGAACAGAGGUUUCAGCAGAGACUUUGGAAAGAAGGCUCUACCUUCCAUGCCCAAUACUCCAGGGGGCAGCUCCAAAGUUGUGCCCAUUGCCAGCCUCAACCCCUACCAGUCCAAGUGGACGAUCCGUGCCCGUGUCACCAACAAGAGCAACAUUCGUACAUGGAGCAACUCUCGGGGUGACGGCAAACUCUUCUCCAUGGAGCUCGUUGAUGAGAGUGGAGAGAUUCGAGUAACUGGUUUUAACCAAGAGGUGGACAAGUUCUUCAGCCUGAUUGAGGUUGGGAAGGUCUACUACAUUUCUAAGGGCUCCCUGAAGAUGGCCAACAAGCAGUACACAUCAGUGAAGAAUGACUAUGAGAUGACACUCAAUGGAGAGUCCUCCAUCAUCCCCUGUGAAGACAGCUGUGAUGUUCCCAUGGUGCAGUGUGACUUUGUCUCUAUCGCUGACUUGGAGAGCAGAGAUCCAGAUACCAUUGUUGAUGUGAUUGGAGUGUGCAAGAGUGUGGAUGAGAUGACCCGCCUCACAACCAAGACCAACCGUGAAGUGUCCAAGAGAACACUCAAUCUAAUAGACAUGUCUGGCAAGGUGGUGACUGUCACACUGUGGGGAGAGGAAGCAGAAAAGUUUGAUGGCUCUGGACAACCCAUUUUAGCCAUUAAGGCAGCGAAGCUUUCAGACUUCGGAGGUCGGUCACUCUCCGCAUCCUUCAACAGCACCAUAAUGAUCAACCCAGACAUCCCUGAAGCAUACAAGCUCAGAGGCUGGUAUGACAAGGAGGGCCAUGCCAUGGAUGGACAGUCUCUGACGGAGGUGAAAGGUGGCAGCGGGGGAGGAAACACCAACUGGAAGUCUCUGUCUGACGUUAAGAACGAGCAUCUAGGACACGGAGACAAGGCUGACUACUACACCUGCAUAGCUACUGUCGUGUUUCUUCGCAAGGAAAAUUGCCUUUAUCAAGCCUGCCCAAGCCAAGACUGCAAUAAAAAAGUGAUCGACCAACAGAAUGGCAUGUUCCGCUGUGAGAAGUGUGACAAAGAGUUUCCAAACUUCAAGUACCGCCUCAUCCUUUCUGCCAAUAUUGCCGAUUAUGGGGACAACCAGUGGGUGACUUGCUUCCAGGAGAGUGCAGAGGCCAUUCUAGGCCAGAAUGCAGCUUACCUGGGGCAGCUCAAGGAAUCGAAUGAAGCUGCCUUCGAUGAGAUCUUCCAGCAAGCCAACUUCAAUACUUUUGUCUUCCGCAACAGAGUGAAGCUGGAAACAUAUAAUGAUGAGUCCAGGAUUAAGGCCACGGUGAUGGAUGUGAAGCCUGUUGACCAUAAGGACUACAUCAAGAGGCUGAUUGGGAACAUAAGGAAACUGGCUGUCCACUAGGAAGCUGUGACCUUUAUGGAGUGUUCUGAUUUUCCCUUGUUUGUCUUUGUUUCUGUACAGCCAACAAACAGCUCUAAAUGUAUUAGUUUUUUUUUUGCCAUUUUCUUCCAAAUGGGUAUUUGAGUUUGUAAUUUUACUUCCCCAUGAGUGAAUACUGAUAGAGUACUAAUGGAGUAACUGUUCACCUUUACUUUGUCAAGUAAUGCUUAUUUGCCUCAUUCUGGAUGUUUUUUCUUUCAGUGAACAGAACAAAAAUAUGAUUUCUUUUUUUCCCUUUUUGUUAUUCGGGGAAGCAGAGCAGAGAGUGGGUCAGUAAGCCACAAAAGAAAUCAUCACUGUGUCUGUCUUAAGUCAACCAGUUGUUGGUGCGUACACUGUGGUCAUGUGGGGACGGUGGCUGCUUUUAGGCAGGAAACCUGCACUGGAGCUAGCAUUCUUUUCACCCUCUGACGCACACUCAAAAUGGCUGGGCUGGACCUGCACAUCCCUGAUAAGACCGUUUACUCUCCCACUCUCUUUUUAAAUUUUUUUUUUUGUGCUCCGUCUCUCACAUACUCGCAAACACACACACACGGAGACAGUCCAGACCUAAUCGGAAAUGUACUGCGUUCUGUUUAAGAAGAUACAAGGUGCUGUUGGUGUUUUCAGUGCCUGUUUUGUAGUUUAUUUUCUUUUUGGUAAUAAUCAAAAAAUAAAGAUGUUUGUAAUCACCUUA